CCAUACAUUGUCUUUCCUAUUACCUGAAGAAUCAUAGAACCUCAACCUGCUCCAACAAUAUUAGGUAGCAUUCUCUGUUAAUGUCUUUCAAUUUUUUACCUUUUUUUUCUCUUCUUCACAUGCCAUGCCAAACCAAAUCUCAACAAACUGUCUUUGACUUCCUUUUUUAUGUUUUUCUGAAGUAAAUUUCACAUCUUAAACUGAACAGAGUAACUGAGAGCUCAGUUGGAUGGAGAGGCAGAGAAGUUUUUCCUUCAAAUCUACAAGAUUCCUGGUCUUUUCUUUUACGCUCUCAUCUUCUAUAAUCUUUCUUACAAUUUUCACUGUCUGGCUAUUCAAAUCUAGCCCUUCGAUUCUUCAAGAAGCACAAUUUGAGUUCAAUAGAAGCUCUUUUGUUGUGGGUCACAAAAACGUUUCUGUACAAACCUUUCCCGGCUUGGCUAGAAAUUUCUCACCAAGUGGCUUGCAAAAUUCAAUUUUGAUAGAUACCCAUUUCGCGAUGCCUGAAAAUACUUCUGGGUUUGCUAGCAUUCCCAUUGGAAGAGACAAAGACGAAUAUGAAAAGCUAAAUGAUGAAAGAGACAAAAAUGGUGGAAAUGGUAAUUUUACUAUUGUGCAAGAGAGUGCACCAAUACCAGAAAUUUCUUCCGGGAAAAGUGAAGUCAUAAGUGGUGAAAAGAUCGAAGAGAAGAAAAUAGAAGCAAUUUCAACAGGAAAAAGUAAAGUUUCAAGGAGUGCAAAGAGUGCAGAGCAGACUAAAGCAAUUUCAUUUGAAAAUAGUAAAGCUACAAGUGAAGGAGAUACUCGAGAAAAGAAGAACAGAAAGGGUUCAGUCGAGAGUAUUGGUGUUUCAAGUAGAGGUAAGGUUAAACAGAGGAGUACAAGAGAAUGCGACAUUGCAAAAGGGAGGUGGGUCUAUGAUGAGCGCUAUCCUCUAUACAUGAAUAGUUCAUGUCCUUUCAUAGAUGAAGGGUUUGAUUGUGUAGGCAAUGGGAGAUUGGAUAAAGAUUAUAUGAAGUGGAGAUGGCAACCUCAAGAUUGUGACAUCCCAAGGUUCAAUGCAACCAGAAUGUUGGAUCUAAUCAGAGGGAAAAGACUGGUUUUUGUUGGUGAUUCAAUUAACAGGAAUCAAUGGGAAUCCAUGCUUUGUAUGUUAAUGGCAGGUGUUAAGGAUCCUAAGAUGGUGUAUGAGACCCAUGGAAGGAAAAUCACCAAGGAGAAAGGCAACUAUAGUUUCAAAUUUGUGGAUUACAAGUGUACUGUUGAGUACUAUGUAUCACAUUUCUUGGUUCAUGAGAGCAAAGCAAGAGUAGGGCAGAAGAGGGUGCAGACCUUGCGAAUUGACGCCAUUGAUCAUGGAUCAUCGAGAUGGAGAGGAGCUGAUAUUCUGAUCUUCAACACUGCCCAUUGGUGGUCUCAUUUCAAAACAAAAGCUGGGAUCAACUAUUACCAGGAAGGGAGCAUAGUUCAUCCCAAGCUCGAUGUUUCCACAGCUUUCAGAAGAGCUUUAAUGACUUGGGCAUCAUGGGUUGAUAGACACAUCAAUCCAAGAAAGACUCAAGUUUUCUUUCGAAGUUCUGCACCUUCCCAUUUCAGGGGUGGGCAAUGGAAUUCAGGUGGACAUUGUGAGGAAGCAAGGCAACCCUUAAAUGACACUUCUCAUAUGGGCUUCUCUGAGAAGAAUAUGAUCACAGAAGAUAUCAUCAAGCACAUGAGAACUCCAGUUACUUUGUUGAAUAUUACUAGUUUAUCAGAAUUUCGGAUAGAUGGUCAUCCGUCCAUGUACGGGAAAAUAUCUGCAAAGCGCAGAGGUUCAAAUGGACAAGAUUGCAGCCAUUGGUGUCUUCCUGGCGUUCCUGAUACAUGGAAUGAAUUUUUGUAUUUUCACUUGCAAAGCAAACAGGGAGGCAGUUUUCAAUAACAUUUGUUUACGUUUUUUAUAUUCUUUUGACCAUUUUCCGCCUCUCAAAUCUUGUAGGUGGCAAUGUAAGUAAAAUUCAAUAUGCUGUCGUCAAAUGAAAAAUUUUUUUCCCUCGCUUUCUUGUUUGUUA